CUCACCUUUUUGUUUUGACAUUCUCUCUCUCUCUCUCUCUCUCUCUCUCUCUCUCUCUUUCUCAUCUGUUGAUGGAAGCUGUGAAAGGCUUUACUGAGUUUAACUCUGUACCCUCGUUCUGUCGUCGGAUCUCGUUUUCUCCCCUGCGAAUCUCCUCAACCUGUCACGGCCCCGUCGAAGUUCAACUCCUUCACACUGCUGGCUUCCUCCGAAGCUGAGCUCAAUCGAGCGGCAGCUCAGAAACGUGCAGUGCUUUGAGGUUUAGCUUCACUGGUGGUCUGAAUCCUUUAAUUCAUUGUGCAUGUCGGCCCCUGUGGUUUCUGCACAUGAGGUGGAACCACUGCCAUCUUUUUCACGGAGAGAUAGCCAGUCUUUUGAUGCCAGUUGCUUCUACAAGGAACCAUCAAUUGUGGCCAAUGGACAAGCUUAUCAUUUAUGUGAUACAACUUUUUGUGAACUCCUACUUCCCAAUGGGGAUAUGUACUCGGGAACAAUUUUGGGAUACACACCGGAGGGGUCAGGAAAGUAUAUCUGGUCAGAUGGUCAUACUUAUGAAGGUGAAUGGCGAAGAGGAAUGAGGCAUGGUAAGGGAAAACUUACAUGGCCUUCAGGAGCUGUUUAUGAUGGUGAAUUUUCUGGUGGCUAUAUGCAUGGUUCUGGCCUUUAUGUUGGGCCAGAUAAGUCAACCUAUAAUGGUCGCUGGAAGCUGAAUCUCAAGCACGGGCUAGGACAGCAAAGCUUUCCUAAUGGAGAUGUUUUUAAUGGUUCUUGGAUUCAAGGAAAUAUUGAAGGACUUGGAAAAUAUGUCUGGGCUAACAAGAACAUUUACGAAGGUUAUAUGAGAGGUGGGAAGAUGUCAGGUAAGGGAACCCUUACUUGGGAAAAUGGGGAUGCCUAUGAAGGGAGUUGGUUAGAUGGUAUGAUGCAUGGAUGUGGAGUUUACACCUGGAAUGAUGGUGGCUGCUAUGUUGGUACAUGGACUAGAGGUUUAAAGGAUGGAAAAGGUACCUUUUAUCCAAAAGGAAGUAAAAUACCUGCUGCACAAGAAUGUUACAUUAACGCUUUAAGGAAGAGAGGAUUGCUUCCUGAUUUGAAAAGGCAAAGUCAUGGCUCUCGCAUUCGUCAUUCAUCUUCUAUUGAUAUAGGAAUCAUCAAGGUUAAUGACACACGAGGAUCUACUGGUGUCUCAUCUGACAAUCUUCCCCAAGGCAAUCUCUUAAAUUUUGAGCAGUCUCGUGGGGGAAAUGUAGCUCUGGAGAGACGAUGGAGCCUUGAGGUAGCAAUUGAAAAAGUCAUAGGUCACAAUUCUGUUUUAAGUUCUGGCGAGAGUUUCCGUGAAAGUGAGGAACCAGUUGAUCCUAAUGUUCCAAUUUUAGAACGGGAAUACAUGCAAGGAGUUCUUAUCAGUGAGCUUGUGAUUAACAAUAGCUUUUCUGCCUCAUCUAGAAGCGAGAGAAGACGUCAAAAAAAAUUAAUUGGCAUCAAAAAGCCUGGGGAGACCAUAAUCAAGGGUCACAGAAGUUAUGAUUUAAUGCUUUGUCUGCAGCUUGGAAUCAGAUACACUGUUGGAAAAAUUACACCAAUACAAAGGCGUGAAGUUCGUACAUCAGAUUUUGGUCCUCGUGCAAGCUUUUGGAUGGAUUUUCCCAAAUCUGGCUCUCAGUUAACACCUUCCCAUCACUCAGAAGAUUUUAAGUGGAAAGAUUAUUGUCCCAUGGUCUUCAGAAACUUAAGAGAAAUGUUCAAGAUUGAUGCUGCAGACUACAUGAUAUCAAUUUGUGGAAAUUCUGCAUUGAGAGAGCUUUCUUCUCCAGGGAAGAGUGGCAGUGUCUUUUUCCUCUCUCAAGAUGACCGGUUUAUGAUUAAGACACUACGCAAAUCCGAAGUGCAGGUGUUGCUGCGGAUGUUGCCGAAUUAUCAUCACCAUGUAAGAACUUACGAGAAUACGCUUAUAACCAAAUUUUUUGGUCUCCACAGGGUGAAACCUUUUAGUGGUCAAAAGUUCCGGUUCGUUGUAAUGGGAAACAUGUUUUGCACAGAAUUAAGAAUUCAUCGAAGAUUUGACUUAAAGGGAUCUUCUCUAGGGCGUUCUUCUGACAAAAUUGAAAUUGAUGAGAAUACAACACUCAAAGAUUUAGAUUUGAAUUAUUCCUUUUAUUUGGAGCCUUCGUGGAGGGAUGCUCUACUCAUGCAAAUUGAGAUAGAUAGCAAAUUUUUGGAAGCACAGCGUAUUAUGGAUUAUAGCCUUCUAUUAGGCGUCCAUUAUAGGGCUCCAACGCAUUUAAGGUCUGAAGUAUCUCAACGAAGAAAUGUUGCAUCAAAUAGAUUAGCUAUUCUUUCAGAAGAAGCUCAAGAGGAUGACAUUUCUAACUAUCCAGAAGGCCUUGUUUUGGUUCCUCGUGGGGGUGAUGGCAACAGCGUUGUUGUGGGACCUCAUAUAAGAGGCAGGCGCUUGCGUGCAUCUGCAGCUGGCGAUGAAGAAGUGGAUCUUCUACUUCCAGGCACAGCGAGGCUACAGAUUCAAUUGGGAGUCAACAUGCCAGCAAGAGCAGAGCAUAUUCCCAAGAUAGAUGAUGAAAAGCAGAUGUUCCAUGAGGUUUAUGAUGUGGUCCUCUACCUAGGAAUUAUUGACAUACUACAAGAUUACAACAUAAGCAAGAAGAUUGAGCAUGCCUAUAAAUCCCUUCAGUUUGAUCAUCUUGCCAUCUCUGCAGUAGAUCCUCAAUUUUAUUCCAAGCGCUUUUUGAAGUUCAUCCAAACAGUUUUCCCUGAAAAUCGGUAACAUGUAAAUUCUCUGCCAUUUUAUGUAUAUUUUGUUCGGAACAAUGUAUGGUUCUUUUCACGAGGCCCAAAUGUGUAUUUUGAUCCAAGAUUUUUCAAAACCUUGUAGCAAAUUAAACAUAAAUUUUUAAGCUUAUAUCAGCCAAAUAUGGCUUUUUGUAUCCAUC